ACCAAACCACCCAUCUCCUACAAGGAUCAUACCAGUGUCGCAGGCAUGAAGAAGCAUGUGUUCUUCUUCGCCAGUGUGUGUCUGGCUAUUUUAUUCCUUUUCGUCACUGUCCAGGAACAAGCCAAUCCACUUUCCAUGUUUUUGCCCAAACUAAGUAACGAGUGCAAAAAUGUUUUGGAGGAAAUGGUGCAAGGAUUUUGGACACGGAAGACAGUAUCAUUUGAAGCAAGAGAGAAAGUUGAAAGAUUCUUGAUUGCAUCAAGAGGAAAAUAUUUUGUACCAACGACCUUGGCACGCCCGGAUGGUAUUUGUGGAAAUGCAACCUUUGAGUUUCUGAAGGGCCUCCAACAUCAGGCUCUGUGGUUCCGACCCCUGUGUGAUCCGUUUGGUCCAACACCAUGUUGCUAUAACAACAAGUGUGUGUACAAGACUGUGGAGGAAUGUAUGUGUGACAAUUGUUUUGACAUGCGCAGACCUAUUAAUGCAGAACUGGCAGAAUGGAAACCAUCCAGUCCACAAUGUCAGAUCUCAAUGUUCGACAAAAACACUGCGUGUGAACUAAUUAAAGGAGCUACAAUCUACUACGUCGGGGACUCUUUCUUAAGGCAGAUGUACACAGUCACUGUCAACCUCCUCGCUGACAACUACAAAGAUUCCAUGUUAAAAAAUUCUACACCAAAAGGUUGGAAGGAAUACUGUUCUGGGUGGAUGCAACUGCUGUGCUACAAAUACCUGAACUUCAGAGCCCCCGUGUGUGACGGAAAGAACAACGUCAUCCAUGUAGAACUCCUCACACAUAAUCAUGGUCCCAAUCUUCUAAACUUACUCAAAAGUCAAAAGAACAAGAAGUCUAUUUUCUUCGUGGGUAUUGGUAUCCACGGAACAUAUAAUGAGCAACUGGUCUGGAAGAACUUUCUUUCCCCAUCAAUCAACUUUCUACAUGAAAACGCAAAAGGUAAGAUUCCAUGGCCAAAAAUGGUGUGGUUGUCUCCACAUGCUCCUGGGAUACUGAAGACUCCCCGUGUGCCAGGCCAGAGUUACAGUAGUGUGGUCAGAUAUAACGCCUUCAUCAACAGUAAUCUGAGAGCAGCUGGAGUACCUAUAUUGGACACCUUUAACAUGACAGACGGCAUCAUGAGCUACGAUGGGGCACACUACGGGUUUGGAAUUAACAUGAUCAAGUCUCAAAUUGCCUUCAACUACCUGAAGCAUCUGCAGGCAAAUGGCAAAUGGUGACUCACCAGACGAGAGUGUAAUUCUGAUUCUGUAUAUCUUCAUGGACAACAGACUGUGAUACAAUUAAAACUGGUACUCGUAAAUACAAAUAAUGUGUACUUUAAUAUACAUUGAAGCUCAAAUCUGCUAGGUAUAAGUGAAAGGUUUUUUUUACCAAAAGCUCAAAUGGUAAAAUGUGGUUAUUAGUACAAAAAAUAGAGAGUGUGUAGUAAACAAAUUUAGGUCGGUAGAAAUAGUUUUCAAUAAAUGGUAUUUCUUUCAAAUGUUUAAAACAGAAAUCUUUAGAACUGUAAGUAUAUAAUUGCACAAGGACUGUUAGAUUUGAUGGGUCAGUAUCGUUUCUACAGAGGAGACUGGCCAUAAUUGUUGCAUGCACAUAUGCUGGAGAAGUCUUAAGACAAAUUUAAACCAAACUGUAAGGUAGUAACAGAGAUACACACUUUUACCUAUACAGCAUUUGUGUGUUUCUCAUGCACUGUGCAGUUACUAUAUAACUGUUAUAUUGGCUAGGCUGUAAACGUUUGGUUUUUCUACCGACCAAAACCAGGUCAGUAUUUGAUGGAUAACUUGUCAGACAAGUCUGGCAAGCAGUGCAAAUAAUGUUUCUUUAUACUAGCAUAUUUUGUAUGCAUUUAGUCUUCUGUCAUAAUAUACUGAGAAUGUUAAGAAUGUGUGAAACAUAGUAAGAAAGAAAUUGACUGACUAGAGUUUCUUGUACUAUAUUUUCUUAGUACUGUGAAAAGGAAUCUGUAAGUUACACUGGGAGACAGGAAUAAUACACUAUGAAAAGUGUUUUGAACUGAGAUUUGUAACAAUGCUCACAGUAUGAAAAUGAGGUCACUUGGAAGUUCAUGAAAAAAGUUAAAUAUUUAAGUUUUAUUUUUAGCUAUUAUGUGUUUAUUUAGUCAUUUGCCAUGAACAAUACACUGUAAAAAAUUGUAUCUUAAGAAUUUGUGAAACAUUACCAGUAAGAUUUUCCAAGGCAUGUGAAUUUUUUAGAUGAUAUCUACGACUUGAUGUAACAUACUCUGAAGCAAGUUUUCAAAUGACAGAAUUUAACUGUAAGAAUUAUGAGCUGUAUGCAUAAACUGGCCAAACCACUUUGUUGGAGAGAUCUCCAAAUUUAAUACACCAUGAUCUUUUAGGUGAUAUUGCUGGAAUAUUGCUAAAAGCUGCAUAAAACCGUCCACUCACUGACUUUUACAAGCUACAUGAAGAUUGGCUGGAAUGGAUACACAAAUUGUCAAACAAGGCUAACAAGACUCAACCAUCAUAAAAAUAUGAGGUUAUGUGAAAACUUGAGGUCAUAUUUGCUUAUUUUAUGAUUAUUAUCUACCUGUCAUGAAUAAUAGUCUGCGAACAAUACGUCAAAGGUGGUAGUAAUCAACGGAUGACACAGACACCCAAAAGUAAGGGAGAUAACUCCCAACAGGUCUGACAACAUAGCCCUGCAGGUGGAAUGUUCAGAACCUCUUUGCAAUAUCAUCGUCUUAAAGUUGCCCUUAAGUAUCGUCAAGUCACACAAAUUCGAUCGUCAUGUAACUUCGAUCGCCCAUUUUGAAUUGUAAUUGUCACAAUACGUAGUGAUAACUUACGAUAUCUGCAGCUUUGAUCUUCUAGUGACACCACUCUCAUUCGUUUGGACCGGAAAUUGUUUCGUGUCAAGUUACCAAAUGUAAGUUAUAGCUCAUUCUCAGCAAACGACUCCUUUUUAACCCUAGAUCAAUAAUGUAACUUUAUCAGCUCAAAUAAAAUGUAAACAGUAUAAAU